GGAAAGGGGGGGUUGCUGGUGUGGUCUUUCAUUCAACAUUGAGUGUAAACCAAUCCCCAACAUGCUGAACAGCUGAAACCUCCCACCAUAGAGGCACACAGUAUUUGUGACAGUGGACCCAACAGCACAUGGACUCUUGGCUGUGAUUGUACAGCAGUAAGGCAAUAAAGAAACAACACUACAGACUGACGGGAACAGGUCACUGUUCUCAGUAUGGCACAUUGGAUGUUAAGACUGAAAGCUUGCUUUGGCUCCAACGUGUAUUCAGAGGUCCCAGAUGGAGGUUGGGGUUGGAUUGUGGCUGUGGCCUUUUUUCUGGUGGAGGUGUUCACCUAUGGGGUCAUCAAAACUUUUGGAAUUUUUCUCAAGGAUCUAAUAAUUGACUUUGAUGAGAGCAACAGUCGAGUAUCAUGGAUCAUUUCAAUAUGCGUCUUCGUUAUGACUUUCACAGCACCUUUAUCAUCAGUGCUGAGUAAUCGAUUUGGCUUCCAGCUAGUCGUGAUGUUGGGAGGGUUCCUCAUCUCCCUGGGCACAAUCUCAACUGCAUUCACCACCUCCAUCAAUCAGAUGUAUGUCACCAUGGGGAUAGUUACUGGACUGGGUUACUGUUUGACAUUUCUUCCAACUGUCACAAUCUUGUCCCAGUACUUCAGCAAGCGGCGCUCUUUGGUCACUGCUAUGGCCUCCACAGGGGAGUCAGUUGCUAUAUUUGCUUUUGCUCCAGCGUUCACGGCUCUUAAGAAUUGCAUUGGCUGGAGGUACACUUUGGUGGUGAUCGGAACAUUACAGAGUACCAUCAUUAUCAGCGGAGCUUUGCUUCGACCCAUAGUCAUCAAACCGAAGACUUCCCCGACCUGGAUUGACCAGAAGAUCCCUGAAGACCAGCUGCAAAGCUCCAUUAGCUCCGGAGAUUCAGGUGUACAGUCGCUUGAUAAGAUGAAACAAGGCCUCGAAUCGGUUAAGGUGCAGGAUGAGGCCGAACCACUUCAGGUUCCUCAAAACCAACAGGACAAUAGGAUGCAAGGUAAAAAUAAGCUCCUGGAUUUGACUGUUCUGAAGGAAGGCAGUUUUUUGUGUUAUUCAGCUUUUGGCCUCUUUGCAACAUUGGGAUUCUUUGCUCCACAGCUAUAUGUGGUGGAUCUCAGUGCCAGUAUGGGUACCGAGAGAGACAAGGCCGCCUAUAUGCUGUCAACAAUGGCUGUCGCGGAGAUCUUCGGACGGCUCUCCAUCGGAUGGGUCCUGAGCUGGGGGCGUGUCAGGAAGGUCUUUGUACUGCUUGGAUGCGUAUCACUGAUGUGUCUGGUGUUGGUGUUAUUUACUUUGGUACGUGAAUUCUGGGGACUGGCUGUGUGUUGUGUGCUUUAUGGAUUCUUGCUCGGCAACAUCGCAUCCACACACAUCCCAAUGCUGGCUGAGGACGAUGUCAUAGGGAUUGAGAGAAUGCCCUUAGCUGUAGGCGUCUACGUUUGCAUUCAGAGCUUUGCAGGACUUGCCGGUCCACCAUUAGGAGGUGUCCUUGUGGAUAUUACACAAAAUUAUAGCUCUGCAUUCUUCUCCUGCGCCGCGGGAAUGGGACUUGGUGCUGUCUUCCUUGGACUUGUACGUCCAGCAAACACAGGUCGUCUGUACAUGAGGAGGGACAAGGUGGAAAAAGUGUCCGAAGUCAUGCCUGAAGAAUUCCUAGAAGUGGACAUUCUCACAAACCCAGACAUUAAAUCUUGAAAAAAAAAAGAUCUAUUGCAGACAUCUGUGAAAAGAACCAAAGGAGCUAUCAGACCUGCUGAUAUUAGAAGACUGAAAGGGUACCUCAAAGAAUAACUACGUUAUGAUUCAAAAUAAUUGCUUAAGACCUGCAAUUGUUAGUUAAUAACUAAGCACAUGUCAUAUACUGUAGUAGCUUGAAUGAGAAAAUACACUUAGGUAAGUUUAGGUCUUAGGUUUAGCACAUAUAAUAACUGUUUACAUAAUAUAAAAAAACAAAGAAUCUAUCACAGGAAACCAAAUUUUUGUGGUUUUAGUGAAUACAGUAGCUAGACUAGUUAUGGGUAUAGGCACCGGUAAGGCAAAGACUAAAGUAGGUGUCGCAUUUAAUGACUGAAGUUAAAUGCUAGAAUAGUAUAAGAGAUAUAAAUUGUAUAGAAAAGAGAUAAGGAUUGUAAUGCUUCAUUUAUUUAAAUAUUUCCAUUGAGGUACCCAUCAAGGAUCAUAUACAUUUUAUUUUAAUUAAUCAUUUUUCCAAUAUAGUGACAGGUCAGCAUUUAAUAUUUGUGCAUCUCAGGCCAGCCCUUAACUCUGAUGUAAAAACAUUGUGCUCGGUACAUAACAUUAGAUCAAAAGGCAGAGAAUAAGCAGUUUUGUGGCUGCCUGAACACAUUCGACCACAUCCGGUUGAAUGCGUUUUCGACUACCUGGUAUACAUAGAUACGCUCAAAAUGUUUCACACCCCAUUCACACCUGCAUGAGCGUUGCCCACUUGUGAUCCGACCAAAACCACUUACUGAUGCCAACAGAUUGUCUGCAGUAAGUUUUCUACCAUUGCUCUUCCACUGCUACUGUGUUCUCAACUGUGAAUUGUGUGCAUCUUUAUUAUAUAGAAAUCACUGUGCAUUCAGUACAUCACCGAGUUGAUGUUGAUGUAACUGAAAUCAAGAUAAGGAUGGUCAAUGACUCAAUGUAAUGCCAGUUAUGACUGUAAAUGUGAAAGUUUCUGAAAUUACAUCUUUAUAAUUUACCUCUUAUAGUAAAACUGUAUGUUGUAAUUAAACAACUGUUUUGACUUGAACUUUAUAUGUUUGAGAAGAAUUGUAUUUGCUGUUGUUUCAUGAAAUGUGAAUGUUUUCAAGCGGAACAAGAUAUGGCCUUCUGUUUCAAUGAACAAUUAUAAUCAACAUUAAAUCAUAUUUUAGAAUAAAGAUAUGUUAUUUUUAUGA